AAUCAAUGUUUUAAUAAAUCACACAGCUGAUAUAAUAUUGUUUUAUAUUAAACGCAUUGGCAAUUUUUACAACUAAUAUUCAAUAAAACUAUUUAAUAGAUUAAAAUGGCUGAAGAUAACAUAUCGAAUAGCAGUGAUUCAGUUAUUUCGACUUUCGAAAUAAAGAAUGAUCUUCAAAAAAUUAUUGUGGAUGCAUUUUCAUUGUUUACCAAUGAAAAUAUUAACACGAUACCAACUACUGACCUAGGCAAGGUUAUUCGUCAUAUAGGAUGUGUCCCGACCGAAGAAGAACUGAUCGAAUUCACAAGUUUAGUGGAAAGUCAAAAUGAACCGAAUACCGUCGAUAUAAAUGUAUUCGUACCGCAUAUGGAAAAACAAAUAAGGGCGUUUAGGUAUAAACCGGGGACUGCGGACGAAUUGCUGCAGGCCUUUCACACGUUAGACACAGAAAGUAAAGGCUCGUUGUCUGUGGAUUUUAUGCAACAAGCACUUCGUGAAGGCGAUUCAUUAGAUCCCGACGAUAUUACCGAAGCAAUUAAGACCGCUUACGACCCCGAUUUCCAGUGCAUAUAUUACGACAUAUGGAUCCACAAGUUAAUGGGAAAGACCAAAACGGACCCGUACGCUUUGGCCGCCAACGACGUCGCUUUGACCGACCGGGCGAGGGCGGCGCAGGACGGAGAACUGAACCGGCUGUUAUUGUCCUCCGAGAAUAAUGAUGAUAUUGACCCGGUUGGCAAUAGAAAUGUUUUCAAUGGACUACAAGCCGUGUAUGUUUAUUUUUCUUACCCAACCACCAAUACUAAGUUAAUUGAAAUGCAAAAAAAAUUAAAUUUAAAAAAAAAAACAAAAAUUGAACAACUGAGCUAUACACAAUGGAUAUGUCAAUUAAAAAGUUAUGAUGCUGUUUUAAACAACUUUAAAACCAUAGAAUGUGUUUUAACUGAGGAAAUAGAAGUUGAAGAAUCUAAAAACAUGGCACAAGUCAUUGGACAAUUAAAGAGAAGUAAAAAAGAACCUACAUAUCUCCAAGAUGUUGAUGUUACUACAAUAACAGGAGCCGAUGAUAACCUUAUUGGGAUAAAGGAUAUUGCUACAUCAAUUGAUAAUUUAAUGAAAUUGGAUUUUGAAGGAGGCUCAUUUUUAAUUGACCAUUAUAAGGAUGUUUUAGAAAUAACAACUGAAAGUAUAAAGCUUUAA